ACUCCAGAAUAUGUGUCUGUCUUUGCAAUAACCAGCAUCGCCACCAGCAACAGCAGCGAGACAAAGUGACCGUGUGGUGAACUCCGUGCGUCAGUCGGGACAUUGAGUGAAUAACAUGGCCCAGUCAGUGCUGCCCAAGUACUUCAGCGACACGGAGACGAGGAGCCUGCAGACCGGGUACAGUAACGGAGACGUGGUGUCAGCGAUGCUGCGGAUAAAGCGGGUGGAGGAUUCGGGCAAUGUGCCGAUUAACAUCGCAGUGUUGGGAGACGGCGGGGCCGGCAAAUCCACCUUCAUCAACACCAUGAGGGGUGUCCGCAGUGGCGACCAGGGAGCAGCUCCGGUGGGGGGUUAUGAAGCCAGUGUGAAUCCAGUGGGAUAUCCCUACCCCUCUCUGCCCAAUGUCCAGCUCUGGGAUCUGCCCGGAUCCAACUCAUUCGGCUUUGAGAUGAGCCGCUACCUGAAGCAGGUGCAGUUUGAAAGCUAUGACUUUUACAUCAUCGUGUCCCAGUCCCGCUUCAGAGAGAGUGACGGGGAACUCAGCAAAAAGAUUCAGCAACAGGGGAAAGGUUUCUACUACAUCCGCUCCAAGAUCGACAAUGACGCCUAUUCCAUGCAGAUGCAGGGCACUGACUUCGGGGAAGGGCAGCGACAGAUCCGCCAGGAUUGUCUCAACAACUUCCAUCGGGUCAGCGUUGAACCACCGGCCAUUUUCCUGAUCUCCGGUCUGGAGGUGACAGGAUAUGAUUUUCCCAAAUUACAAUCUGCCCUCGCCAGUGAUCUCCAGAAGAUAAAAUCAAACGCCUUCCGUCUGGCAAUCCCAAGGAUGAUGCAGGAAAUACAGAGGCCCAGACGCCAGAUACUGAUGUGGUGUAUCAUACUCUGGGCCUUCCUCUCCGGGGCACUGGGAGUGUUGCAACUCCCGACCUUGCCUCUCCUCACUGCCACUCUGUGCACGGUCUCUGGGUGGAUAUAUCUCCGGAGACAGCUGGGCGUCAGUGAGCGGGAGCUGGGAAUCCUGUCCGGGGCAGUGGCCAAGCUCGUGUCACUACUGAAAGCCGACAUGGACCGACCCUCGCCACACAAGCUUCAACUAUUGGUUGCAAAAGCAUUGUUGUUGGUUGUCAUUGUGGCCUUUACAGUAGUUGGGUUGACGGGCACCUUCCCCCCAGUGCUGCUCAUUGUCUGUGGCGCAGUGUCCUCUCUUGCUUUUACCCUGCUGGUUCUGAUGUGUUCUCUGGAUGACCGGUUGCGAUCUGUACAGAACCUGGCAGGUGCGCUCUUUGACGAGACGUUGGUGACGGUGUAUAGGUCGGUGGCUGUCAGUACAGCUUGAUCACGGGUAAGAGUACAUUACCCUGGCAGGGCCAACACUGGUGUGUUCUGGAGCUCUAUCCCACACUUUGUAAAGUAUAAAUGUAUUCACGUAGAAAUAGCUGUGUGUGAACUAUUGGUGACCUCUAUAUCUCACUCCCAUUCACUGCUCCCCGCUGCUCCGUGACACGGGCUAUUCUGGGCUUCACCCUCUGCUGGAACAUUUGUCAACAUUAAAUGUGCUGAGGUUUAUCUUAGUGAAACACACGGGGACCAGGGGUCGGUAGAACACUGGGCUCCAAGGUUUAACCAUGAGUGAUUUCCAAGAACUGUAACCCAAUGUAUGUUCAUUUUCAAUGUUCACUGUUGUAAAUAAAUACAUUGAAUCUUA